UCUUCCAUCGCAUCCCCAUCUUUGUCUCUCUCCAUUUAAACCAAGUAAAAAGCUCUGCAACUCUUUCUCUCUCUCUCUCUCUCUCUAGAACGGGAUUUUUAGAGAGAGAAACACGUUGUUCCAUUGGUUACUGGUAACUGUUGGUUGUUUUUGACUUGUGUCCGCCAAGCUCAAGUCGCAGUGGACUGUAUUGCGAACGCCUUUUGUUGAAUCACUCUCGAUUGAUUCCAAGUUGUGAUUUCAACUCUCAGUCUGCUGCCGGCGAGAAUGUUGGAGAAAAUGAUGGAAGCAUUCGAUGGGGAGAAGGUGAUUGAGCAAUUCGAGGAAAUGACUAGAGAUGCUGAAAGAGUUCAGAAGGAGACUCUUAAGAAGAUUUUAGAGGAAAAUGGUUCGGCUGAGUACUUGCAGAACUUGGGAUUAAAUGGAAGAACUGAUCCUCAGAGCUUCAAGGACUGUGUACCGCUUGUUUAUCAUGACGAUUUGGAGUCAUAUAUUCAGAGAAUUGCAGAUGGAGCUUCUUCCCCUAUUCUCACUGGAAAACCAAUCAAAACCAUUUCCUUGAGCUCUGGUACUACUCAGGGGAGGCCCAAGUUAAUUCCCUUCAAUGAUGAAUUGUUGGAGACAACAAUGCAAAUUUAUCGCACUUCUUUUGCCUUUAGAAACAAAGAAUUUCCCAUUAGAAAUGGAAAGGCCUUGCAGUUCAUCUACAGCAGCAAGCAGUUCAAAACUAAGGGGGGUCUAGCAGCAGGAACUGCAACAACGAAUGUUUACCGUAGCGCGAAAUUUAAAAGCACGAUGAAGACGAUCCAGUCACAAUGCUGUAGCCCAGAUGAAGUCAUCUUUGGCCCUGACUUCCACCAAUCUUUGUAUUGCCAUCUCUUGUGUGGGCUGAUCUUCCGAGAUGAAGUUCAGUUUGUGUUCUCCACUUUUGCACACAGCAUUGUCCAUGCUUUCAGGACUUUUGAGCUAGUAUGGGAAGAACUCUGCGGCGACAUUCGAGAUGGUGUUCUCUCUAGUCGGGUCACUGCUCUCUCCAUUCGUACAGCCAUGUCAAAAAUUCUUAAGCCAAAUCCUGAAUUGGCAGAUUUGAUCUAUCAGAAAUGCGCAGGAUUGAGUAAUUGGUAUGGGCUGAUACCAGAGCUCUUUCCCAACGCACAGUACAUUUAUGGGAUCAUGACCGGCUCGAUGGAGCCUUAUCUGAAGAAACUGAGGCACUAUGCAGGCCAUCUGCCAUUGAUGAGUGCUGAUUAUGGUUCUUCAGAAGGAUGGGUUGGAGCAAACGUUAACCCAAUGCUGCCCCCUGAAAUGGCUACCUUUGUUGUGCUUCCAAACAUCGGAUACUUUGAAUUUAUCCCGCUAAAGGAGAAUUCUCAAGAUCAGGAGCAGGAAGGAGAUGGAGGAGCUAUUGUUGCAAAGGAGAACAAGCCAGUUGGUCUGACAGAAGUCAAGGUUGGUGAAGUGUAUGAAAUAAUUGUCACCAAUGUCGCAGGGCUGUACCGUUAUAGAUUAGGAGACUUAGUGAAAGUGAUGGGGUUCCAUAACGCAACGCCAGAGCUGAAAUUCAUGUGUAGGAGCAACCUUCUCCUGAGCAUCAACAUCGACAAGAACACCGAAAAGGACCUGCAACUAGCAGUGGAGGCAGCCGGGAACGUACUGGCAGCAGAGAAACUCGAAGUGGUAGAAUUCACGAGCCAUGUCGACUUAUCAAGGGAGCCGGGGCACUACGUAAUCUUCUGGGAGAUAAGCGGGGAGGCAAAGGGGGAGGUGCUAGGGGAAUGCUGCAACUGCCUAGACAGAGCCUUCCUGGACGCAGGGUACAUGAGCUCUAGAAAGGUGAAUGCCAUUGGAGCCUUGGAGCUAAGGGUGGUUGGCAAGGGAACUUUCCACAAAAUUAUGAACCAUUAUCUGUCUUUAGGAGCGGCUGUGAGUCAGUACAAAACCCCUCGUUGUGUUAGCCCUGCAAACACCACUGUCUUGCAGAUCUUAUGCGCCAACGUCGUUAAAUCCUAUUUCAGCACUGCCUUUUAAGCCUCUAUGUUUGUUUGUAUUGUAUCUGUGUUAGCCCCCACAUGUCUCCACAACUUGUCACUACCUCUAUUGUAUAAUGUAAAUUUUCAAAUUCUACUUAUAAAGUUUCCCUUUUUAAAUCAAA